AUGUCUACCUCUUCGGGGACUCCCGAGUCGUGGAUAUCGUCCUUCUGCUCUCUCCUGGGACACGAAUAUUUUGCCGAGGUCUCUGAAGAGUUCAUCGAAGAUGACUUCAACUUGACUGGCCUGCAGACCCAGGUUGCGAUGUACAAGGAAGCUCUCGAGAUGAUCCUCGAUGUGGAGCCGGAAGAUGAUGAAGACGAAGACGAAGAGGAGGAAGAAGAGGAUGAUAACGACUCGGCAGACCAGGAGCGUUUGGCCGCCCGGCACGAGCGCAGGCAACACAGCCGCAUGGCGAGCGAUUUGAGCGUGAUCGAGUCCUCCUCCGAGAUGCUCUAUGGUCUGAUUCACCAACGUUUUAUCUGCUCUCGCGCCGGCAUACAGCAGAUGAGCGAGAAGUACGAGCUCGGUCACUUUGGAUACUGCCCUCGCACCAACUGCGGUCAGGCGAGAACGCUGCCCGUUGGCCUGUCCGAUAUCCCUGGAGAGGACACGGUCAAGCUGUUCUGCCCAUCAUGCCUAGACGUCUACGUUCCUCCCAACAGUCGCUUCCAGACUGUUGAUGGAGCUUUCUUCGGCCGCACCUUUGGUGCUCUUUUCCUCCUCACCUUCCCAGAAUAUGAUCUGACCAAGCACACCGUCGAGAUGCUUCCGCCUGCGACCGGCGGUGCUCGUGUUGCUGAUGACGGCCUUCACACCAUCAAUGGCAUGUACUCCAAAAAUAUCGGCCCGGGCCUUGGUGCCGGAAACAUCUACGAGCCCAAGAUCUACGGUUUCCGCGUAUCUGAGCUUGCCCGUUCAGGUCCAAGGAUGCAGUGGCUUCGUAGCCGUCCGGGCGACAUGUCCGAGCUUGACGAGGCGAAGCACUACGCUGAGAAGCACCCAGAUUCGGACGACGGCGAUGAACGCAUGGAGAAGACAGGCUCGGCGGCACGCAGACGCGACCCCGCGGCGGCCCGUCCCCAACGCCAGACACAAAAUGGAAGUCCCAUGAACGUGGAGGCCAAUGGUGUGGAGUCUGAGCUUUGA